AUGCUCUCAGUUCGGGAAAGCCUCCUGCGUCUCGGCUUGGGGUCCCAGGUUCGCUGCACGCCCAAGACCAUCUCUAGUAGCACAGCAGCGGGCUGCUGGUUUCCUUGGCCCCUACCCUGCUAUUCCAGCGGCUGGACCCCCAGAAGUUUUGAACCCCAAAGUCAAGAGAAGGCGCACGGGGUCCCCGCGCAGCUCAAGCCUUCGCAAUUCGACAAGAAAAUCCUGCUGUGGACCGGGCGCUUCAGAUCCAUGCAAGGCACCCCGCCGCGGGUCUCGCCUGAAAUGAUAGAUGCUGCAAGAAAUAAAGCUACAGUGAAAGCCUGUUAUAUUGGACUCACGAUUGUGGCCUGCUUCGCAGUGAUAGUGUCUGCCAAAAGGGCUGUAGGACGACACGAAUCCCUAACAAGUUGGAACCUGGCAAAGAAAGCAAAGUGGCGUGAAGAAGCUGCAAUGGCUGCACAGGCUAAAACUAAAUGAUAUUCAAGUGGCCAUUACUAUUUCCAGUAACAAUAAAAGAUAGGUAAAACAAUAUAUAUAUGAAAUAUUUUCCAUGGUUUUAUUUUGCUAACCACAAAGAUAAGACUUUAAAAAAUACCAAAUGUUUAUUGGAGCAUACCAUCUAUUC